GUCAAUAUAUUUUGAGAGGGAACUGUGUGAUUAAUGAAGCCAUGGAGAAGAACAUAAUCAAGGCGAGGCUAAGCUCUCUCUUCUUCAUGUCCUUCCUUCAAGUCGCACUCAUUGCAACAUGUUGCAGAGGGAAAUCGCAGCAGCCGCCAAAGAAGCAUGUGCCUUUCUUCAUCUUUGGUGAUUCAUUUCUGGAUGCUGGCAACAACAACUACAUCAACACCUCAACUUUUGACCAAGCAAAUUUCUGGCCUUACGGAGAAACUUAUUUCAAGUUCCCCACCGGAAGGUUUUCUGAUGGCCGUUUGGUAUCAGACUUCAUUUCUCAACGUGCAAACUUGCCAUUGAUCCCACCCUUUCUGCAACCUGGUUUUCGACAAUAUUACCAUGGGGUAAAUUUUGCAUCUGCUGGAGCAGGUGCUCUACCUGAGACAUUACAAGGAUUUGUGAUCGAUCUUAAAAAACAGCUAAGGUACUAUAACAAGGUAGAGAGUUGGUUGAGACAGAAAUUAGGAAAUGAUGAAGCCAAGAUGACUAUAUCAAGAGCUGUCUACUUGUUUAGCAUUGGAAGCAAUGAUUACAUGAGCCCUUUCUUGACCAAUUCCACUGUCUUACACAACUACUCUGACUUCACAUAUGUUGAGAUGGUAAUCGGCAACAUUACAACAGUCAUUACAGAAAUAUAUAGAAGAGGAGGUCGAAAAUUUGCAUUCAUCAACUUGCCGGAUUUAGGUUGUCUGCCAGGGAUGAGGAUAAUCAAGCCAGAAAACAAUGGUAGCUGCUUGGAAGAAGCAACAUCACUUGCAACAUUACAUAACCAAGCUCUUUCCAAGCUCCUCUUUGAGUUGGAAAAUCGAUUGAAGGGGAUCAAGUAUUCACUUUUUGACUUCAACAGCAAUCUCAGACAAAGAAUGCAUCAUCCCUCUAAAUAUGGUUUUAAGGAAGGGGAGGCAGCAUGCUGUGGAACGGGGCAAUAUAGAGGAGUUUUCAGCUGUGGGGGAAAAAGGAGAGUGAAGGAAUUUCGACUUUGUAAGAAUCCGAAUCACUAUGUCUUUUGGGACUCUAUCCAUCUUACCGAAAAGAUUUACAAACAACUGGCAAAUCAAAUGUGGAGUGGAACCAGCAAUUCUCAUGAUGUUGGACCUUACAAUAUGAAGAAACUAUUCCAAAUUCAUUAA